AUUUAUGUAUAAAUACCCUCAGAAGUAACGCAUUUAGAAAACAGCUGAACAGUCUAGAAAGGCAUAAACUUUGAAAAUGGAACCAAAGAUAACGUUGUACGAACACGAUUUUAAAGGAAGGAGCAAAGUAUUUUCAAAGUCAUGUCCAGAUUUAACUGUGGGUGGCUUCAACAACAUCACAUCAAGUGUAAAAUGUGAAAGUGGAGUGUGGAUUUUAUACCAGGAAAAAAACUACAAAGGACAAAUAUUCGUCAUAGAAGAUGGUGAAAAUUAUGGUUAUGAUAAGUUCAAAGGCUAUUUCAAUGAUAAAGCAUUAUCUUUGAAAUUGCUAGACGAAAUGGAUUUCACGGAAGUGCCGGAGUGUACAUUGUACAAACAUUAUAAUUAUACUGCGCCAACUCUAACUUUCGCUGAUGAUGUGCAAGACCUUAAAUGCUACAAUUUUGAUAAAAUGACUUCAUCAGUUGUGGUGAAAAGUGGUGCGUGGGUUGGAUUUACCCAACCGAAUUAUGAUGGAUAUCAAAGUCUGUUUCUGAAAGGGAGUUAUAACUUUUCUGAUGCACCAAAUGAUAAAGGUGGAUUUAAGAAUGACGUCCUGUCUUCUUUCAGCAAAAUCAUGCUGAAACCAUCAGCUCCGGGUAAGAUGAAACUUCUAAAAAUUGAUUAUGAUCAGGAGGAAGCACGUAUCAGCAGGACACCCACAUCUGUAUUUAGCUGGAUGCAGGUGAACAAUGGAUCGGUUGUGCAGACUGUAACACCACAAGAUGAAGUAAACAUAAGCAAAGAAGCUACAUACGAGUUCAGAUGGGACAGAGCAGCUAAAGUAUCUGCAACAUUGACAGCAAAAACUCAAAUUCCGUUAGUUGGUAAAACAGGAAUUAAUAUGAGUGCUGAAAUGUCCGUUAGUAUGGGCAGUACUGCAGGAACCAUAAAGUCAAAAGCUGAAGAAUGGGUUCCAGGUUAUCCGUCAAAAAUCAAACCAUGUACUAGAGUUACGGUAACAUCGACAUUGACCAAAGGUAAUAUCAGCAUUCCAUUUACCGCCUUAUUGUGUGACGAAGACAACACAGAACGCACAAUAAUAGAAAAGGGCGUGUUUUAUGGAUGUCAUUACUUUGAUUUUCAUAGUGAAUCCAAAGACACAAAGAUACCAACAUCAAAGCCUAAAUAAAUGUUUUGCCCCUUCAGUGCUUUUGCAGUGCUAUUUGAAUAUCAAACAAUCGUUUCUGUUUGUUUUUAUAAAUUUUCUUUGAUUGUGUACUAAAUAUGUUUUUUUUUUCUAUCUGUGUAGGACAUUAAAAGUAAUCAGAUAUGUUGUAGAUGUGUGUUUCAUUGUAUUCUUUUUAUGUUUGUUUUGUUUUUUAUCUAUUUAGGACCUUAAAAGUAAUCAGUUUUUGAAUGUAGAUGUUUGUUUUGUUUGUUUGUUUUAACUCCACUAUCAAUAACGUUUGAUAUAUAAUGGCGGCUAGUUUCAGUUGGUAAUGAAACCACUUAAUUGUCAUUUGUUUUCUUAAACAGACCGACAAGUGGUAGGAGCUUUUUAAAAUAACAUUAGUUAUGUUGUCAAAUAAAUUCAAACAUAAAUAACAUAAUGUUAAUGUAAAUGUGUGUUUUAUUGUAUACUAAUUAUGUUUUUUCUAUCUAUUUAGGACAUUAAAAGUAAUCAGCAUUUUGAA